AUGCAGAGAGUUAUCCAACGGACGGCUUCGGCGCGGAAGCAAGCUCUUAAAAGAACCAACAAAGCUCAUGAACGACAGGAAUUGUUGGAGCGUGUUGGAAUUCGGCGGGCGCGGAAGGACUUCGGCGGCGCGCUGUCUAGUCAAUUCCAAGAAGCACGAAAGAACCGCUGGGAAGAUUGGGAAAAGGGGCCUCUUGCUCCCAUGCGAGACUCUGGUCUGCAGCGCACUACAUAUGGUGGUCAGGAUGCUUCUGUCUUGCACCCGCCGCGCCUCCCUAAGCACGAACAACGGAGGCAUGUCCUCUUCGCCGAAGGUGACCGGGUCUGCGUUGUGCGAGGACGGGAUCAGGGAAAGAUCAAUGUGAUUCAGCAGGUCAACCGGGACAGUGAGACUGUCCUCAUCAAGGGUAUCAACAUGGCCGACGUGGUCAUUCCCGAAUGGGCCAAAGACAGGAUGGGACACACAGGUGAUACCCAACCACAGUCCUUCCCCGUGUCCUUCGACGACAUCCGACACGUCAUUCCGUUGGAAGACACAAAGACUGGAAAGAUGCAGAACGUCAUUGUCCAGCACGCUUAUGCUGCUGGGCCGUACACCGAGCGAAGUGAGCACAGCAAGCUCCCAAGAUUCACUCGCUAUGUAUCCGGCUUGGACGUCGAAAUCCCUUGGCCAUUGGAGGAAGAGCCUGUCAUCACCGACGGUGAAAUGGACACAACACGAAUGGCGGUUGAGGCAAGCACAUUCACACCCACACUGGUGCAGCCACCUAUGCCCUCAACAGUCAUUGAUGAGCUGCGCAACAAAUACUCCAGAUUCCGCACUCGACACGAUCCGGAAUACCUCAAAGAGAAGAUGAAGGAGGACUAUCGCAAGGAAUACAGAAAAACUGUCUCCAUGAUGACACCGCAGACAGAUGCCAAAAACUUGAAGAUUGCUCAACUUGCGGAAGCGAGAAAGGCGAACUUGGAUGCCAACGGGAAUGGGGUAUUGACACUGGAUGCCAUCAACUUCAUUAACAACCACAUCCAAAACGAAUCGCGUCUCAAGAAGCCAAAGAAGUCAAAGUCAAAGUCUAAGCAGGCAGCUUAA